CCUCCUGCUCUUUUCAUCCUAAUUAAUCCUUGCACUAAUGAACAGCAUCGGCUUCAGCUUCAGGUGCUGAGCUUGUUUUGUCUCCUGAAGGAGCAGUGCAGCCAUCAGGGGGACGACGCUCCUCUGCAGGAGGCCCUGGAGGAGAGUAAGGGCGAGCGAGACCCGCGGCCUUCAGAGUCGGCCAUGAUCGAUCUGGUGGAUAUAUUCGGUCCCACGCCUGCCGCGCAGGUCAGCGACGACCCCUGGGACGCCCCGCCCACCUGCUCCGUGAACUCUGACCCCUGGGAGUCUGUCGCUGUAGUUAAGUCUAGUAACCCGGUGACUGAUAGUCCCUGGACGGCCCGCUCUUCCUCCAGUAGCCCCGCCCACCCAUGGGGAACCCACCAAUCACCUCCUGACCCCUGGGAUGCCCCGCCUUCAAACUCCACCUCUAACAUAGAUGAAAAAGCUAGAUGGAGGAGCCCAGCGCGACCAGUGUCGAGUGUGAAGGACCCAUUUACUAUUCCAGAGGAGGAGGAGCUUAUAGUGGAGGGGGAGGAGCCUAUAGUGGAGCAGGCGGAGCCAAACCAAGUGUUCAGUCCUCGCUGUGAGAGUCCUGCAGAUGCCGAUCAGUUCGGUGAGUUGGUGGUGGGUGUUCAAGUGAAUGGACGGGGGAAUGACAGUCCAGAGACCUUUGACCUCUCUCGUCUUGGGCCUCCUCUGGACGCAGUGAGCCCUAGACAGUGCCGGACCCCUGAGGCGUUCCUCGGCCCCACUGCUGCCUCCCUCGUCAACCUGGACACGCUCAUUCCCACCAACCCACCGGUCAAGAGCAAAAACCCCUUCCUGUCAGGUCUGAGCACACCAUCUCCCACAAACCCCUUCCACUGUGAGCAGCCCAGACUGACUCUGAAUCAGAUGCGUCCUCACUCCACGUCGCCGCUGCCGGCUCACGCUCUGUCCUACAGCGCCUCCCUCCCUCUGCCCGUCCUGCAGCAGAAGCCCCAGACUCUGCCCUCGUCCUUCACACAGCCGCCCCACGGCCUGCUGGACCUGCCCAGCAACCUGCCGCAGCCACUGCUGCCCCUCACACCCUCCACCCGACAAACACAGCACCCCGGCCAAAGCCACAACCCCUUCCUCUGAGGAACCGCAGUUUCCUCUGAAACCAUACUGAAACUGGAUUGCAGCAAUUCGGUUUCAGUGUGAACUGACUGAAGAGCUGAUUUAAAGUCAAAAGAAUGGAAAAUGGAAACUGAAACUAGAUUAUAGUGAUUUGGUUUUAGUGUAAACAGGCCGACGAGCUGAUUUAAAGCCUAAAGAAUGAGAAAAGGAUACUAAAACUGGAUAACAGCAAUUUGGUUUCAGUGUGAACAGGCCGACAAGCUGAUUUAAAGCCUAAAGAAUGGGAAAUGGAAACUGAAACUGGAUUACAGCAAUUUGGUUUCAGUGUAAACAGGCCGACGAACUGAUUUAAAGCCUAAAGAAUGAGAAAAGGAUACUGAAACUGGAUAACAGCCAUUUGGUUUCAGUGUGAACUGACUGAAAGGCUGACUUAAAGCCAAAAGAAUGAGAAAUGGAGACUGAAACUAGAUUAUAGUGAUUUGGUUAGUGUAAACAGGCCGACGAGCUGAUUUAAAGCCUGAAGAAUGAGAAAAGGAUACUGAAACUGGAUAACAGCAAUUUGGUUUCAGUGUGAACAGGCCGACAAGCUGAUUUAAAGCCUAAAGAAUGGGAAAUGGAAA